CUCACACGUCUAGGAAUGCGGAGAUUUUCCACUUUUCAAUCAGCGCGCCGUUUCCACCCUAGUUGUUUGUGCAUCGCGAGAAAAGACACGGAAAAACGAGCUCGUAUCUAGUGCCUUUCGCCAACAUCCAGUAAAUGUCUGGACGUGCCGUGAAUUUUCAACAUGAAAGCUGAUGAGAAAUGGUUGAUCGCUGUUUUCGCUGUUUUUGUUCUGUUCCAAGACUGCCUUAGCUUGAAAGAAGUUAGGAUCCAAGUUCCUACUGCCGUUUUAUUGGGACAUCAAGCUGUGCUCAAAUGUUUUUUCGAUUCAGAAGGUGACAAACUAUAUUCUGUCAAGUGGUACCAUAAUGCAGCAGAAUUCUUUAGGUACAACCCCAGUAUAAAGAACCCCAUCAGGCAAUUCAAAUUGAAAGGUUUCUACGUCGACGAAACAGAGUCUGAUGCUACCCAAGUAGUGCUGAAACACGUGACCAAAGCGAUGAGCGGAAAAUUCAGUUGCGAAGUGACAGCUGACCAACCUAGUUUUUUCACGGACAUGAAGACUGCUCAGUUGGAGGUGAUCGACCCUCCCAAAUCAGACCCUUUCAUAUCUGGCGCCAAAGCUAGAUACAAAGUGGGCGAAUAUCUGAAAGCCAUUUGCACUGUAGACAAAUCGGACCCAGCGGUAAAUUUGACGUGGCACGUCAAUGGAAGAAUUAUGGACGUCCCGCAGGUUCAUAGAUAUAAAAAAGUUAUCGAAGGCGAUUACACUAGUUCGUAUUCUACACUCCGCUUCAAGAUAACCGAACCCCUAUUCGAUAGCGGCAAGCUCAAGAUCAGAUGCUCAGCAGACCUGUUCGGCGUGUGGCACAGGAGCUCAGAAAAAACCAUCGAGCUGAAGCUCGACGAUCGAGAGGAUUCGAAUACUGCGCCUGCGUGGUUGGCAAGCACCACCAGUACGGAAUACUCGCACGAAAUUUAUUGGAUGCAAGUCGCGAGAAAUGCCCCAGAAUCGACACUGAUAUUUGAAGACAGUGGUAAUGAUGCCAACAAUAGGGCAACAACAUUUCCGUUCAAUGAAGCAAUGAUAGCAACAGCCCUAACAAUCUGUUUACAUUGCAGGUGAUCUUUUUUUAAACGAAUUUAUGUAUAGAUAAUAAUAAAUGUUACAAAUACAGACUUCCAUGGUUCCAUUGUGAUAAUGUAAUUUAAAUUUAUUGUAUUCCGAUGUGUCUAAACGAAAAAUGGGUUGCUUAGGCAUUGACAAUAUGAGUUUAUUUAAAAAAAUAUAUUGUGAGAUUUCUAUAUAUUGAGUAAACGUGAAAAUAAAUACCGCUAUUUCGC